CCCGUCCUGGCGGCCGCCGGGAGGGCCAUGGGGGGCGCGGGGGGACCCCUGGCCCGCACCAUCCGCGCCAAGCUGACGGCGGCUCUGCAGCCCACGCACCUGGAGGUGCGGGACGACUCUCCCCUCCACGGGGGCCCCCCCGGCGUCGAGAGUCAUUUCGGGGUGCUGGUGGUGAGCGGGCGCUUCGCGGGGCUCCCCCCGGUGCAGCGGCACCGGCUGGUGCACGAAGCGCUGCGGGAGGAGCUGGCGGGGCCCCUGCACGCCCUGCAGAUCAUCGCCCGCAGCCCCGAGCAGUGGCAGCGCGACCCCCGCGCCCCGCCCGCGCCCCCCUGCCUCGGGGGCUCCAAGCGGCGCCGAGGGGAAGGGGGAGGCACCGGGGCGGCAGUGACGGCCCAGGAAAGCCCCCAGGGACAGCAGGAGACUCCCGGGACCCCCASCUUGGUGUCAGCAAAGCAGAUGGAGCCUGAAGCUGGGAUGGGGCAGAAUUAAUGGGGUGACACCUCCCCCCACCAUCAUGCUCAGCCCCGACCCCGCCACCAGCCUGGACCUCCCCAACCACCCUCUACUCCCACCCUGGGGUGGGAUUUUUGGGGUAUCCCCCCCAUUUAAUUUCUGAAUCAAUCCAAAUAAAUGUGUUCUGUGGG